AUGGAUCCAGACGCCGCCGACAAGCUUGAGAGCUCCGAGAACGAACGACUCCCGCCGGCACCGCAUGGCAGCUCAUCUCAACGUGGACGACAUUGGCUUGGUCAACUGCCAGUAGAUUCAUGGGCGUGGUAUCUCUGGCCGAUGACGAGUCUGGGCCUGUCGACCCUCCUCCACGCUCAAGAAGCCAUCCACGACUUUCCGGGGCUCUACGCUCUCGGCGUCCUCGUGUACAUGGUCGGCGUCAUCGAGUACUUCUUGACCAUCAUUCUGAAGACCAACAAAGCGCUCCUCAACCGCCGCACCCUCAUCAAAAGCAUCUCCAAGCCUUCCGAAGCCAUGUUCUUCGCUACAUUCUGGAUCAGUACCUUCGGUCUCAUUACUGCAGGAAUCCAAUACUCUGACCCUGCUCCAGGCGGCAAUCUGGCGACUACAUUCUUUGCGAUCUUCUGGAUCUGGAUCAUCUUCGCGCUUUGCGCCAGUGUUGGGAUGUUCAUCAUGCUCGCACACAUAAACGCACUGGAAUCGAAGGACAUGACGCCAGCUUGGUUGCUACCACUGUUUCCUCUCAUCCUCACGGGUGUCAUGACGGGAAGUCUCGCGGAAUGCCUCGGCGAGGCGCAGGCAUUUCCGGUCCUGAUCACAGGCCUGAUCUACUCCGGUGUCGGGUUCUUGCUGAGUCUUCCAGUAGAUGGGAUCUACCUCUGGAGGCUCUACUGCGCUGGAUUGCCAGGUCCUGACAAGAGACCUGCAAUGAUGCUUGCGGUGGGGCCUCCAUCGUAUGCACCCCUUGCGUUCCUCAAGAUGGCUGCGGUGGUGCCCACACAUUAUGCCGUCUUCGCGGAGAUCCCGAUCGCGGGGGUGGUCUGCCAGGUCAUGGCCUUGGUCUUUGGUGUCGCGAUCGUUGGCAUGGCAUUGUUCUUGUUCCUGAUGGCCUUCUUUUGUAUUUUGAGAAGGGCAAACCAGAUGUCUUUCCAUUUGACUUGGUACGGCUUCAUUUUCCCAAACGUCGGUCUGGUGUCUCUCGUCGGGGUGCUUGGAGCCGAAAUUCCGAGCGAUGGUGUGCAGUGGGUCGUGUCGGUGUUCACCGCUUUGAUCGUCGGGGCCUGGCUGUUCGUCUUUGGCAUGCAUAUGCGAGCGCUGGUGAUGAAGAAGGACGCCUUUUAG